CAAUCUGGAGGAGGUCGAAGGAUGAGCGCCGGUGCUCAUCCCUGGUGGGGGCGUAUCAGCACUCGGGGUGCUACCCAAGGAUAUAUAUGCCGAUGAAGUUACUUCCACCAUCAGUCACUGUCUUGACUUACCUCAGCACUGCGGUGUGUUUUGUACGUACGGAUCGGUUGGACUCACCCACUCCUUGAGGGUGCUUGCGCCAGCAAAGAUGCGGCUACACUUGCUCUGUAUCGUCUUGCUGGCUGUCACUCGUACAGCUUUGGCUGACGAGGGAUAUAAUUAUCCUAGGCCGACAAACCAACUUAUACCAGGUACUUCGGGUGGAGGCCCUGGUGGAAAACCAGAAUAUCCAUCUGGUGGUCCAGGUGCACCUGGAGGUGGUCCUGGGGGACCAGGAGGAGUUCCUGGUGGGCCAGGAGUUCCUGGUGGACAAAAUGGAAGGCCAGGUGGUUAUCCAACAGGACCAUCAGGAUUUCCGGGUCGUCCAGGCGGUGGUCAACCAGGUGGACAGCAGCCUAGCUUUCCAUCGGGUCAAGGACCUUCUGGUGGAUAUCCUAGUGGACGACCGUCAAUUCCCUUUCCGAGCGGUGAACCAACAGGAAGACCAGGACCGGGUCAAGGUGUACCGAGUGGACCAGGUGGACGACCAGAAGGGUUUCCGACAGGACCAAGUGGUGGAUAUCCUAGUGGCAGACCUGGUCAAGCACCAGGUGGGUUUCCAGGUGGACAAAGACCUUCUGGAUACCCAAGCGGUGGGCCCGGUCAAGGGAAACCAGAAGGUCCUGGAUAUCCUGGCGGUCGGCCUGGUGGACAAGGAGCAAGUGGGGGAUAUCCCGGCGGACAAACUCCUGGAGGUUAUCCCGGUGGAGCACAAAAGCCUAGUGGCCCAGGAAGUGGAUAUCCUAGUGGAGGGCCAGGAGGUGGCUAUCCUGGAGGUACUCAGAGACCUGGCGGUGGUCCAGGUCCUCAAGGGCCAAGCGGAUAUCCGGGCUCAGGAGGUCCUGGAGGUCAGCAAGGCCCAGGUGGAACGUCUCCCGGUGGCUAUCCUGGAACUAGACCGGGAACUCAAAGACCAGGCGGGUACCCGAGUGGACCAGGUCCUCAAGGACCAGAAGGAUAUCCAAGCGGACCGGGAGCACAAAGACCAGGAGGUUACCCGAGCGGUCCGGGCCCACAAGGACCAGGAGGAGCUCCAGGUGGACCAGGACCGCAAGGGCCAGGAGGAUUCCCAGGUGGACCAGGCCCGCAAGGGCCAGGAGGAUACCCCGUCCCUGGUGGACCAGGCCCGCAGGGACCAGGAGGAUUUCCUGGUGGACCAGGCCCGCAAGGACCAGGAGGAUUCCCGGGUACUGGCCAUCCGGUAGGUCCUGGCAGUCACGGAGGACCUGGAGAAUACACACAUGAAGAUGAGGGAACAUAUGACGAAGGUGAUUAUUCAGCUAUUCCAGGCGAGCCUGGUCGCGAUUAUCCAAUAUACAGUGAAAUUCCGGAAACCAGUUUUCGCUGCGACGCCCAACAAUUUCCUGGUUAUUACGCCGACGUGGAAGCCCAGUGCCAAGUUUUUCACAUAUGUGCCAACAAUAAGACCUACGACUUCCUUUGUCCAAAUGGAACAAUUUUCAAUCAGCAAUUUUUCGUUUGUGUAUGGUGGAAUCAAUUCGACUGCAACUCUGCACCAAGUUUGUACUAUUUAAAUGAAAAUAUUUAUGAUCAUAAUAUAAUGGGAGCACCAGGCCAAGGACCUUCAGGACCUAGUACUUAUCCAGGAGGUCCAGGAGGUCCAGGUGGCCCAAGUGGUCCAAGUUAUCCAGGAGGACCGGGCGCUCCUGGUGGUCCGAGUGGUCCAAGUUAUCCAGGAGGACCGGGUGCUCCUGGUGGUCCAAGUUACCCAGGAGGACCGGGCGGUCCUGGUGGUCCAAGUGGUCCAAGUUAUCCAGGAGGUCCACAACGUCCUGGCGGGCCAGGAGGUUAUCCGGGACAGCCUCAAGGUCCGUCGGGACCAAGUGGUUAUCCAGGAGGACCUCAAGGACCGUCAGGACCAAGCGGUUAUCCAGGAGGACCUCAAGGUCCAUCAGGACCAAGCGGUUAUCCAAGGGGGCCUCAAGGUCCAUCAGGACCUCAGGGUCCAUCAGGACCUCAGGGUCCGGCAGGGCCUCAGGGACCGUCAGGGCCUCACGGUCCAUCAGGACCAAGCGGUUAUCCGGGAAGACCGUCAGGGCCAUCAGGACCAAGUGGUUAUCCGAGCGGUCCUCAAGGACCAAGCGGUCCAAGCGGUUUUCCUGGACGACCGGGAGUUCCAUCCGGCCCGGGAUCGCAACCUCCAUCUGGCCGACCAGGACCUGGAUAUUUAGGUCCACCGGCAGGACCACCGGGACCGCAAGGACCUCAAGGCCCAAGCGGGCCAGGAUAUCCUGGAAGACCUCAAGGGCCUUCGGGACCUACUGGCCCAUCGACAAGACCUCAAGGACCUGGUGGUCCAGGUUAUCCAGGACCGGGUGGGCCAUCUCCAGGGUAUCCAGGACAACCUCAAAGACCUACUGGUCCACAAGGCCCAAGCGGCUUCCCAGGUACACCGGGUGGUCGUCCACAAGGACCUAGUGGCCCAAGUGGAUAUCCUAGCGGUAGACCAAGCGGCCCAUCAUUUCCAAGUGGACCUUCUGGACCAGGAGGUAUUCCUGGAAAACCCCAGACGGGUUCGCCGUUCCCACCGCAAGGCCCUGCGAAGCCAGAUCGUGAGUACUUGCCGCCACGGAUUGAAUAAACAUGAAGCUAAGCUGUCAGUCGGCAUCUAACGAUGACUCCCACCGUUGUUAAUGCCGAAUAACACGUGUAAAUACGAGCCUCUAUACUUGCGUAAUCUAAGUGAUAUCGAUUAUUCGUAUUGCAUUCACGUUUACAUAUAGGAAAUUCGAUUAUUCUGCUUGACCGUUUACUCAUCCUUUCUGAGGUUUCCACGCAUACAAUUGAUGCAGUUUAUAUCGUUGCCUAUGUAUUAGUUUCCGAUUAGUUUUGUUAUAGUGAAAAAUAUUUGUAUAAAAAUACAUAUACAUAUUUAUAUCAUAAUAUAUACAAA